GCCGCCAUCAUGUACCGGACGCCGAUGCGGCGCGGCUUUUCCCCGGACUCCCCCAAAGACUUGUAUCGGAAAUCCCCCGACUCUCCCCCUCACAAUGGCCGGGCCCGCCGAUCCUGGUCCCGGGGCCGCUCCCCCGAUAGGCAGCACUCUCCGUCUAGGAGAGGCCGAUCUCCUGCCAGACGGCGAUCCCGAUCACGGGACAGAUCCCGGUCCAGGCCCAGCACCUCCCGCCGAUCCAAAUCUAGAAACCGCUCAAAAUCCCGGCCCCGUAAGCGCCUUUCCAUCUCGCCCUACUCCAAGCGCCCAGGGGAGGGCUAUUCAUACGAGGGGCGUGACCAGCGACGCUACUCACCCAGCUACCGGGACCGGUCACCGCGAGGGUCCCGCUCCCCGGACCGCCGAAACAGGGACAGGUCUCGAGGGCGCUCUAGCCCGCGCCGUACAGAGGAGCCUCUGCCCAUGCCCAAAAAGUCCAUUUUAAAGAAGCGCCCUGAUGUGGAAACCACCAGCCAGGACAAGGCUCCUCAGGUUGACAGCUAUUCAAGUCUUGGAAAGUCUUCAUCAUCUCUCCUGACCACUGUUGGCAGUGUGCUCUCAGGAGACAUGAAUGUCAGUCCAGUCUCUCCUUCAAUAAUUCAAAGGUCCGGCUCUCCACUUUUAACUGGGAUUUCCCCUUCUGCAGCAGCAGGGGGGAGAAGUCUGAGCACAAAGGAGGAGCUCACCAGCAAAGCCCCUCUAAACCCUGGGCCUACUCUCAUAGCAAAUUACCCCCUAAACAGGCCCCCUGCUUCAUCUGCGGGCAAUUUUUUGGAUUUGCUGAAUAGAAACGAGUCUCCUGGCAUUCCUUUUGGUUCUCCGACUUCUUUUCUGAACACCAAUGAAGUCAUUAAAAGUUCAGCUCUAAGAGGAGAUGGCUUUUUGUCAUUGCAUGAUCAGGUGAAACCAGAGAUGAAAUCGGCAACUGCUCCACUAACUUUCCCUAAGCAGAAGAAGGAGCAGAUGAGGUGCCUCUCGGAAAUUGAAGAGGAGGAGAGAUUUCUCUAUGGAGACGAGGAUGAUAAGCCUCCGGAGCCUAGCAAAGAGCCCCCUAUGCAAGCGCCUCCCAUGCAAACACUUCCCAUGCAACCUCCACCCAAGCAAACGCCACCCGCAAACGUUCCCAAGAAUACUCCUGAUGAGAAGGAGUAUGCUAAGAUCCAUGAUCUCCUAAAGACUAUUGGACUAGACAUUGGUGUGGCGGAGAUCGGGAAACUUGCUGUGAGGACUCAAGAGCGGCUUCAUGGAAAGAAAGCGAUACCAAGAACAUCGCAGACCCCAUCGGAGAAAGCCCAGAACACCAUCGCCAAACCUGAACUCGCGGUGAAAGCAGAACAGAAAGAGAAGGUUGUUGUACCGAAAAUAACAGCAAAAACCGAGAGACCUGCAAAGCCACCUGUGACCGGAAAGCUUUCACCAGUUGCCCAGCAGUCGGGAACUACCAUCAAAGAGAAGACAACGCCUGUAACACCAAAGACAGCUGCCAAAGAGCAGAGCCAGCCCACAUCCAAAAUGGAGACAAUAGGGCAACCAAUUAGUACUGUGCAAACAUCCAGUGUUAGCUCGGUCCAGGCGAUCAGCACUGUCCAGGCAAUUACCACCGUUCAGUCACCCCCCAUUGCAGUUCAGCCACUCCCAGUUGCUCCUGUCCCAGAGCUGACCCCUCCUCCUAUAAGCCCCUCCCAGGUUCCUCUUUAUUCUCCAUACAACCCCUCCCCAAUGGUACCCAACUUUGCAGUUCCACCUCCCACAUAUAACCCGUAUUCACCUUAUGUGACAUACCCAACAUCCAACUGGACAAUGUAUCCCCCACCACCGCCCGUUCACCAGCCUCCUCCUCCUCCAACUCAUAUACCACCUCCAAUACCUUCCGCUCAUUUAACUACCCCUCCUACAACUCACAACCCCCGCAGUAACCUACGCGUCAUUGAAACAAACGCAGAUCUUACCGAGGUCACCACUGCAAAGAAUGAAACGAAAACAGGGCUGCUGGCCAAACACGAAGCUGAACGUAGAAACAAAGAAGCCGAGAAGCUGAAAGUGCUGGAUGAGCUGGAGGGACUCAAGAAGGAAGGUGAAAGCCAAAACCAUAAACCUGGUGAAUCUGAGCACGAAGGUGGAGCAGCUGCGUAUACAGCAUGCAAUUCUCAUGCGGAAGAAGCGUCGAGAGAAAGAUGGUCACAAGGACCCUCUCCUGGAGGAGCUGAACAAUGUUCUGGAUAGUGCCCGCAAGCAGAUCAGCUCUCUGAACAAGGAGAUUGGCGAAACCAAGCACAAGCAACAACAGUUGAUCAAGGUGGCCGAGAUCCUAGGUGUUAGCCCCAUGGAUUUAGCAGACAAAAAAGAAACUUCUAAAGAAAAGGAGAAGAGCCCUAUAUUUUAUAGGGACUCCAGUAAUGAUGCAAAAUUCAGUGGAAGCAUCAAGGAGAAAAAAGACUCAAAGACUAGUCAGGACUCCAAAGAGAAGAGGGACUCGAAAUCCAGCAGAGACUUACCACCUGCAACUGGUAAAAAAGCGGACGUUAAACCCAAGAGCAGAUCAGAUUCUUCAGGGGAUGUUUCCCCUUCUGUCAGCUCUCCUCGCUUGUCCAUAAAGACAGAAGAUGACGUAAAGCCUAAACGAUCUUCAAGAUCCCCAAAGCUCCGCACUGACAAGAGGAGUAACUCAGAAUGCAGCUCACCUAGCUCGUCAAAGUCUGAGGAAACCUUGAAAUCCCAAGACAAAUCCAGGUCAAAAAGUCCACGGUCUAGUGCUCCUUCUUCAAAGGUCUCCCCCAAGAAAGAGGAACCAUCUCCUUAUGAAGUUGGGGACAUAUUUGAGUAUUAUGAUUCUGGUGGACAUUGGUGCGAGGACUGCAAUAGCGUGUGCAUAAGCGUACUUGACUUUAUUCUACACUUUCACGAUAGCAAGCACAGUGAGUGUUUGAAGCACCCGAAGAGGCCUUGGGUGAAGCCAAAAGAGCCUGAAACCAGUAGUUCAAAGAAGCAGAAGGUUAAUGUCCCACUAAAAGGUGCAGAAUUCCUAUUUCCAACUAAAGGCUAUUACUGCUUGCUUUGCGAUCAGUCCUUUGCAGAUCAUGUAGGUGCUGACAACCAUCUCCGAACUUAUUCUCACAAUGAAAAAUUUAAGAAAUUUACAGAUGAGAACAUAAAUUAUGAAGUGUUUCGUCGUGAGAGAAAAAAGGACCGCUUGUCCGCAGCCCAGGCGGUGGCGCGCAAGCAAGCAGAGCAGAAGCGUAAACUACAGAAUGAAGAGCACAGCCGAUCAAAGAAAUCCAAGAAAGACCAUGAGGAGGACAAGAGCAGCAGCAACAGGCGCAGGUCACACAUAUCCAGCACAAUCGUCAAGCCUGAACAAAAACAGAAGUCAAAAACUCCAGAUAAAGAGCCGGUAAAAAAUCUGCCACAUUUGGAAAGUUUACAUGGAAGUCAACCGACACCAAAAACCAAGAGAAUGGCAACACACAAAAAGUUGAGGAGGCAUCAGCGAAAGAAAAAGAGGAAGAGGCCAAAGGGCAUAACACUAAGCCAAAGGGAAUUGAAAUUAAGCUUCUGGGUAAACCCAGCAAUUCCCAGGGUAAAAGUCCUACUUCACCUUCUGGUACUCCUACUUCGCCUUCCGGUACUCCUACUUCGCCUUCCGAUACUCCUACUUCGCCUUCCUACUCCUACUUUACCUUCCGGUACUCCUACUUUACCUUCCAGUACUCCUGCUUUACCUUCCAGUACUCCAUUUUCUAGUACACCCUCGUCGACAAUCUCCACACUGACCACUGCUUCUAUUGCUGCUUCUUUUAUCACACCCUCUGCUUCCAAUACUCCACGUAUCAAAGUUAGACCGAAUCUACCAGUUCCUUUGGCUCUCCUAAGAAAGUCUAGCGUAACUGUAAGCAAGCCUGCCCCUCUAAACACGUUCUUGUCCAUAAAGUCUGCUGAUGCCACAUCCAAAUCUUUACCUGUAGUCAAAAGCACUGCUCAGACUGUUCUGCCAGAAGAUAUAGUUUCUAAAGCUUUUGAGGGUGAAGAGGUGGUUUUAAAAGAAACCAAACCACAGCCUGUUCCAGCAGACACAAAAAAGGAUGAUACUAAUAAGAAUCCAGAACCUAUUGCAAAGGCUCCUCUCCAAACCACUACUACAUCUCAGCAGACUAGGGUCGGUGAUUUGUACGAUAUGUUCUUUAAAAAGGUAACUACGGGCCCUCCUAAUCAGGGUGCCAAAGUAAAGGCUGAACAAGACCGUAAGGCAGCGCCUUCUACAAAGCCUGCACCUUCUACAAAGUCCUCGCCUUCUACGAAGUCCUCGCCUUCUACGAAGUCCUCGCCUUCUACGAAGUCCUCGCCUUCUACGAAGUCCUCGCCUUCAACGAAGCCCUCGCCUUCAACGAAGCCCUCGCCUUCUACGAAGCCCUCGCCUUCUACAAAGCCCGCGCCUUUUACAAAACCCGCGCCUACUACAAAACCUGCAUCUUUUGCAAAACCCGCACCUGUUACAAAACCCGCAACUUCCACAAAUCCCUCACAAACCAUUUCAAGCAGUUCCAAUAAGUUAGCAGAGAGCAAAAGUUCUGAGAAAACCCAGCAAGAUAAAAGCAGUUCAAGUCCAGGCCAUGCAGCAGCUCUCCGAAUAUCUGAGGCUCAGAGUAAGAAUGUUAAACCUGAGCCAGCUAAAGGAGUUGCAGCCGGUUCAACAAACAGUACGUUAAACGUUCAGAAAGUAAUUGGGCCCUUACCAAAGAAGGAGAUGGACCCUGCCGAAACAAAGACUGUUGCUAAACCUGAACAAGCAGCUUCUAAAUCUGGCCAGGGUCAUUCUCUGUCAAUGAACCCGCUGACUGGUCGGCUGGAGUAUUCAUCUGUGCAGGUUUCAAAACCUAAAGAAACAAGUAAAACACAACCCCUGGAAACAAAUAAACCGAAUCCCCCAGAAACCAAAAAAGUAUCUGUUAUGCAUAUCCAGAGUAUAAGGCAGAUAAAACCAUUGCUUCCAACCCCAGUGGCUGAGGUGCCACCAAAGCCCUCUUAUAAUCCAACUUCCAAACUGAAUCAAAAAUUUAAAAGGGAACCAUUGUCUCUGCCCACCUCUUUGUUUGGUCACCUAUCAGACCCAGGCUAUAAAGACAUAAAAAUCGCACCUAUUGUAACUCAGAGACUGAGCACUGAUCAGAUGAAAUCUACAGAAAGUCAUCCCCCGCCCUAUAGUGCUUCUGUCAGUAAACAAACAAUGCAGCAAGAAAUAGACUCGUACUACAAGCUAAUAGCUGCUGAAGAGGACCCUGCAGAUUUAAUACCUUCUGAAGACGAAGAUCCAGAGGAAGAGGUUGCAAGUGCUCCACACAAGGUGGAGAUUCCAGAAAAGAAGAUAAAACUAGAAAGUCCUGCACCGGCCAUGCAGGCACCUGCUAAUCCCACGGUGCCUGAUGUGGCCAGUGAAGACAAUGAUGAUUCUGAUAUGGCCUGUGAAGUCCCUGAUGUUCCUGCGAGUAACUUUUCCAUAUCAGGAUUGGGAAUGGUACAGUCCAGUUACAGUUUUUCCCCAACCUACGGGGCCAAAUCCAAGCAACCCUUCAACGUCUUGCGUGGAAUGGUUUUAAUGGAUAAAGAUUAUACAAAGAAAACACCAACAAGCGCCCCUGCAACCAGUUAUUCUAUGGAAGAAUUGGAGGCAUUAACCACAUGUGACUCUGAUUAG